AUGGCGUCUUUCCUAUCAGGCCUGCUCCUUCUUGGAGCCGCUGUCUCACCAGCGCGGGCAUCCAUGGCGGCCUGGUGGACAGAUAUCGGUCCCCAACUCCUGGUGUUGAAUGAGACGACAAACCAGAUCCGUUACAGCGCCUGCAACAGCCGGGCACAACCCCUAUAUUCCAACACUGAUGGCCACGUGCUGUCGAUCGCCUACAAGCCCAAACCGGGCACGCCGGUGACGGGCGUGGGAUGGUGGAAUGGGCGGUACACAGAGGCCUCUAUAUCCUACAUCAACGCCGACGGCAACAUCGCCAACACCGACGUUAUCUGCGACAUGAACACCGGCCUGUUCAAGUCAAACGGCAACUGGAUUAUUAGCACCGAUGCGCCUUCCGUCCACCCUAACACUGGCCUCGCUGCCCUUGUCCUCGGUGAGACGACUGGCUACCGCGUAUACUACCACGACGAUGACGGCGCCGUGAAUGAGUUGCAGUACCUCGAUAACACCUGGAGAUAUCGAGGCAUCGUAUCCCAUGACAUCAACAACUUGCCUGUGCUUGCUGCCGCCUUCAGUGGCGCGGACAACAUCACUGUCGUCUCUCCCCGCGACGACCAAAACCUUGCUGCGGCUAGGUGGAUGAGAGACCAGUCAUGGAACAGGACGACACUGCCUCAUCCGCUCAAGGGCGGAUUCGUGAAUCAGGAUGCUGCCAGGGACACCAUCAGCAUCGAUCAGGCCGCACCGGCUAAUUUCUCCCUAGACGCGUGGGACGGCAAGACCAAGGGCCUCGGAAUCACCAUCGAUAGCGCCUACACACGCUCCAUUUUUUACAUCGGAAACGACAGCAGCCUCCACCAGGUAGCAAAUCAGCACUAUGUGUGGAGUCAACGAGCGAGCCAGUCCAACGCCUUUUGGCCCAAGGCUGAUGAUGUCAACGGCGAUCUCGCUGCUACAUACAACUUUGGGACUAGCGAUGUGCGACUCUAUUACACCGUCAAUGGCCGGAUCAGUGAAAUCAGUUUUGAGAACGGCAACUGGGUCGCCUACUCAGCACUCCAAGCCCCGCCGCCGCAGCCGACCCAGACAGCGGUCCCCACCCCGACACCGUCAACACUUCAGACCGAAUCGGAUUCGGAUGGCGGCCUCUCCACCGGCGCCAAGGCAGGUAUCGGUGUUGGUGUUUCUCUUGGGGCCAUUGCCUUGGGUGCCAUUAUCGCCGUUGUCGUCCUUGCACAGCGGAAGAAGCGGAGAGGCUUCGAAGUACCGCCAGAGGCAGAUGAGGGCUCCACGACCCUCGGCCCUGAUACUCCUGCGCCGUCGUACGGCUCCCCAGCCCUUGCGCGCGCCUCUGCUGCACAGUACGACCAAUACGGAUGGGAUCAAAAAGGCUCACCCACACACCCCUACCCGCCGACCAUGGACCAAGUAUCACAGAUCGACGGCACCAACCGCGUGGAGAUGGACACCUCCAUGCGAUCCGAGAUGGACACCACGAUCAGACCAGAAUUAUACGUCCCGCCUCCGCAGCCGAUCUACGAACUCCCACAAGGCUCGUAUUCGCAUGAGCUGGUGGCCGUGCACCCAGCGCCACCAGAAGCACACCAACCGCCACAGCAACAGCACUAG